AUGGAAAGGACACUCUAUAUAUACUUGUAUCCUAUCUUGUGUUGUUCGAUGACUCCCACAGCCAACCUCUUCAAUCGUUUCAUAUCAGUGCAAAUUUACCACGCUUUGAUUAUCUUGAGUAUCGAACUUCUCCCUACUACUCUCUGGAUUUCAUCUAUCAGAUCAAGCCCCUUUACCAGUUACUCUUCGAUGAUCUUUGACAUUAUGAGCCCUCGGGUCAAUAUCACCAAGAAGCGUCGCUGGUCUCCUCGGAUGGAGGACCAACAGAAACUGGCGAACGCUAAAAAGAAUCUCUCUAGCCUUCAUACUUUCACUUUUAAUCUCAUGAAGAACAAGACUUCGCCGAGAAUCAAAUACAGAGACUCUCGGGUUGAAAUUCCACAUUUUGACUCGGAGAGGAUUACCUCCAUGCUUGGAGACGCAACGCAUACCCCAUUGGAUCUCCAUGAGCAGUUCGACUCUGACGAAGAUCAAGGUCGUCCUCUGAGCUCAUCAUCUAGCAACACAAGCUCUAGAAGAAGCAUUCACGGCAGUCUCAACACCCCAAUCACCCCUGUCACCCCGCUCCUUGUCCAUUCUGAACUAGAAAUCUCAAGCACCGAGCCAUUUCCAGACUACUACGAGUCAUGCGAGCAGAACACAGCGGUCAUUGAUAAGGACCACGAGGAGGCAUAUAAUAACGCUAUCGGAAAAGUGUUCGAAGAGUCCGUGCGAAUGAGAGAGCUUGGGGCCGGUACCACUCCUGCUACGAUCUCCCCUCUUGCAACUCACGUUGGCUGUCCUGUCACAAUUGACAGUUAUCCCAGACAGGACAAGUCCAAUAUUUCUCUCACAUCACACUCAGCUCUCCGUAGUGAAACGACCGGUCGCACCCAACCCAGUACGGCACCGACCUCUGUCUCUCGAAUCUCGCCUACCACAUCUGUCCGUGCCGACUCCGACAAGGGCGCAUCCAUGACCUCUGCUUCUCAGACCCGGACCACCCUUGAAUACACUGGCGCACAUCUCAGCAGGACUUCUAAUGCAACUUCCACCAUAUACAAUGAUGCUUCUGUUCGAGAUUUUGCGUUUGGAGCAGCCCCCCCACCCACCAUUGCGCCUCCAUUUAUGGCGGAUGGGAGGCCUGGUAUCCAAGCCAGACAUAUCCCUUCCAUCCAAUCAUCUUCUACCAGUAAUGGCUGGUCGGAAAGGGCUCUGGGCCAACCAUCUCCGGUUGCAUCUGUGUCGCAUACCGUCCCAGGUACUUCAGAUACCAGGAUUCGUAGUGACCAGAACAACCAAUACUAUGGACUGAGCUUCCACUCAUCUCAGUCUACCAUUGCAGGGAGCAUUAGCGGUCAUAACACGGGUCAGGUUGAUUUUACUUCACCGCAGGACUCCAUGUCAGUCUCUGGAAGCGUUUGUAGCAGCCAGACGUCUAAGAGGACGCUCUCCAUUGAUGACAUGGCUAUGCCAGAUGUGCUUCCCACCCCGAAUUUUCAGCCACCUAUCGGAACAGGAAGGCCUCUACCUGGCGCUACCCCGAGACCUGCUCCUAACCCACGGAUGCAGCGUCGCCUUCAUGAAGCCGAAGAGCGGAAACUCAACAUCCUCGAAGAGAUGAAGAUCAUACUCCGCGCUGACCACAUGAAGGAUGACAUUCAGAGACGCUUUACUGCCAUGACCGACAUUAUCCUCCGCAUGGAGUGGAUUCUUUUCCGUCGUGAUGUGAAGCCCGACGGCACUCGCACCAAUGAAUUUCUCUCUGCUCCCAUUGUCGCUGAGGUCCAAGAAUUGGCGAUUCCGAUGGUCCAAUGCCUUGCCUGGCUUGACAAAAAGCUGGCAUGUGAGCUUAGCAUUGCGAACCAGGUCCUUCAUUGGGUUAUUCAAAUCGCAAAAGAUGAGGAUCUCGAUGUUUAUCAGCGUUUUAGACAGAUGGCUCGAGUUAUCGUCAGCGAUUUCCUCGAUAUCCGCAAUCGACAGAUUCUCCAAGAAGAGGGGUUUCAUAUCGAGCGUGACAAUCUCACCCGCCUCUUAAUCGCAGGCUGGGACGUUCUGAACCGCGCCAUCGAGACCUACAACGAGAUUAUCACUAUCAACUUCGAUAUUAAAAACCGCUUCAUCGAUCCAGUCAUGGAGCGGCUGCCUCGUUCGUAUGAGAUCUGGGAGGAAGAAUGGGAUGAUCACGAGCGGCAGUGCGAAACCCAAAGGAAUAUGGAUUUAGAGAAGCUUUGGAUGGAGGCUGAGGAGAGGGCUUGUGCUGAGGCGCAGGAGCAGGAGGUUGCCCGUGCCCAGGCUCGUGCGAUGGCUGAGUUCAGGGCUCAGAUGCAGUGGCCUGGGCAGAGACAGGGCUAUGGACAGUGGCACGUUGAUUCUCGUAUUCCAGUUUAG